CAAAUUCAAAAAACUUUUUCACUACAAAAAAGACAAUAAUGCGUCAUUGCCGUGCAAAAAUUUCUUUUGUAGUGUUUGUUUUCUUUUUGGUUUUUGAGGUUUGGAAUUCUUCAUUUGCCUCACCUCUAGCAAGUCAACUUUUACCCAAUUUAACCCCUCAACAUUUGUUGGAAGCAAAGAAAUUUAAUGAACAAAAAAACAAAAUUUCUGCUUCUUCCCAAUCCAUUUUAUACCAUCCUGCCAUGCCUCCUUCUUCUACACUUUCGAAAACAUUGAGUAAUCCUACAGCAAUAAUUGUGGCUCCCCCAAAACCAAUUACUAUUGAAAAAGAAAAUGAAACAAUCAAAAAAGAGAUUGAAACUUUAAAAAUUAUGGAAAAAGAGAAUGGUUAUCUUCCAUUGGGGGAUUUACUUGGAGAUUUUCAAUCAUAUCAUAUGGAUAAUUUGCCACAAAUUAAAGUUUAUGUUGAAGGAAGUAAUCAACAAUUUGUUAUUCGAAAAGUAGAAAAAAGUUAUGACAUAUCUGCUCUUUACUACUUACUUUCCUACUACUUACCUAAAGAAAAAAGUGAAAAUGGAAAUUUAACAAAAGAAGAUGUUAUUCAAAUUAUUUGGGAUUUAAAAUAUGGGAAAAUUAAUGCUUUGGUUGCUGUACAGACAAAUGGUAAUAAUUAUGAAUAUGGAAUUGAAGGCUAUAUUUUAUAUAAUUAUGCGGCUUCAAGUACACGCGGAAAGGUCAUCCAUCUUCAGGAUAUUUUUGUAAAGGAAUUGUUCAAGAAUAACCACAAACUUGUGAUGAAAGGAUUGCUUGAAGGAAUUAUUAAAGUUUCCAAACAAGUGAAUGAAAAUAUUCCAAAUAUUUUUUGGACGGCAACAAAGGAGAAUAAUAAAGUUGGGGAAAUAUUAAAGGAAUUAAUUCCAGAUGUUAAAUUUGGAGUAAGAGAUUUGUGGAGAUUAGACCUUUCUGCUUUUAAAAAUAUUCUUAAUGCUGAUGACGAUAAUAAUAUUUUGAUUAAAGAGGAAGGUGGAAUUCGUGUUGAAGAAUCUAAACAAAUAGCUGAAGAUUGGAAUUGUAUUGUAAUUCGCAAUAAUGGUCGCCCUUCAAGUCCAAUACUUUCCGAUUUAAUUAAUAAUGGCCGUGAAGGGGGAAUUUGUGCUUUACGUGCCUCUAUUCUCCUCACAAACAAUCUUGUUGGGAUGGCCUUAUAUAAUUGUGAUGCUUAUUCUGGAAGUUCUGGGAGAUAUUUGUGGUUGGAUAGACUUUUUGUUGAAAAUAGUUUAACAGGGAAAAUAAAUGGGGAAGAGACAGUUAUUGCUAUUUUGGCUAAAAUGGUUGAGGUUGCAAAUAAAAUGAAUGCUGUCCGUAUUGAAUGGACAGAUGAUUCUAAUGAAUUGGCUAAUUAUGAACAUUUACUUCAUUCUCUCGGUGCUGUUAAUAUGAAAGAAAUUAAUGGAGAAUUUCUUUAUCGUUGGGAUAUUAAUAAAUAUCAUUUGCUUAAUGAACCAUUGACAGUCGAGAAGAAAGAAAAGAAAGAAAAAGUUAAACAGGAAUUUAUUCCAAAAUAUUAUUAA